UGUAGAAAGGCUAGACACCAGUAAAAAGGGCUGUGUAGGGCAGAAGCCAUGGGGAGGGUACAGUGGUGGACCCUACUCUGGAUAUUGAGAUACUGUCACACACUUUCAGCUGAGGUGUUGGUGCAGUACAAAUACUUCAUUUCUGGGGAUUAUCAGGAGGUCUCUCUACAAGCCCCUGCUGAGCCCAAAGGGAAAGAAUUCAUCUGGGAGUGGACAUCUCCUGAUGGACGAUACACAAACGCUCGUAUAAUAACUAUGCAGUCCAAUGAAAAGUUUUCAUGGAAUCUUAAAAGUGCGAACAUUUCAAAACAAGGAAAGUACGACCUUUCUCUGAAACCAGAGUUAGAAAAUGCAGGCGUUUUUACUUUCAUUCAAACUAAACCAGAGAAAGUUAAUUUGGUGCAGUUUGAAGUGUUUGCUGUAGAAGUGAAAUCAUUGCGCUCUCAAAAAGCACCUGAAGGAUCUGAUGUGACCAUGAGCUGUGAGGUAUCCCACCUUCCAGAUUCAGCUACACUGGCCUGGGAACGGGACAGAGAACCCACUGCUAACACAACGCUGAUCUACAACAACACUGCCCACAUCAUCAUCCACAGUGUUGACCAACACAGUGAGGGAACCUAUAACUGUACACUCCGACGGAACGGAACGCUUAUUUUCAGCGUUCCCAAUGAACUUAUCGUCCUCAAGGAAACACUUGAAACACGGCACACUCUGUACAGAGGGAGUUUGAACAGCAGUGAGGUGGUGCUAAUCUGCCAUUCUCUGAGCUCAUACACAAAAGCUUCCUGGUCUUGGUUGCCAGUGUCUGAGACACAAGCAAUCUCUGUGGUCAAUGCUGGUAAACACGAGAAUGUUUCAAUUUCCAUGGAGAUGGAUAAAGAGAGAUUCUCAUCUGAUGUCUUUGAUGGGUACAAGUUUCCUCUGAGAAUCUCACCAGUGAAGUUUGGAGACAGUGGAAUGUACACCUGUUAUUAUAACAGACACGUGCCGGGUGCAGUAACUCUGGUAACUAUUCAGGUCUCAGCAGAGCCCCCUGGUGGUCUGUCCAGGAAUCAGCCAGUUGUGCUGAACUGUGAGAUAUCGCAGGUGAUUGGCACUGAGACCCUGGCCUGGCUCCGGAUGAAGGGGGGCAGGGGGGAGCUCGUGAACCUGAGUCAGCCCAGCCUGAGGAGUGACCAGAGCAGCAAAGCCCUGCAGGACCAAUGCAGUGGUGAGCCUCCCUCCAACCUAAAGGGCCACAGCCUGCAGCUGACUCACUGA